AUGGACAGAGUCUGCAAUAUCUGGAGCGUCGAUUCCUCGGCUGCUGAUAGUCUCCCUGGGGAACGAUAUCCAGCUCGGGACUCCCCCGAGAUUGGAAGCAUCACUGAUCGUCUGAAUCGGCUGAUUAUCGAACGCCUCGAUCGCACACCAGUAGAUAUGGGGUUGUCUGAUAUUAGAGCCGCACUGUCAAACCUGUUCGACGAUGCUGGGCGACGGACUCCUCAACCAAGCAAUCCUACGCCUGCCUUUAGGCAAAACUCCUUGAGCCCGCGCCCUCCUCGUCGAUCGCGGGGACGUUCUGAAGCAGCCCUGGUGUAUCAUGAUGUCAAGGACGAGGAGCUGCCAGAGAGUCGUUUCUACGACCCAGCGGUCCAAAAUGCCAUCAAGGACGCCAAGGCAUUGAUGACUCAGUUGGCAGGUGUUCUCGAAGACAGCCCUCUUCACAUCAACCCCGAUUCAACAAUCAGACGACUGUAUGGCCAAGCACUGGAUCUGUCCCAAUUUGAAGGACCUUCGACGCGGACUGUUGGGUUUGUUGGAGAUUCCGGCGUUGGUAAAAGUAGCGUCUUGAAUUCCCUUCUGGAUCAAAAGAACCUCGCUAGAACAAGCAAUAGCGGGGCCGCAUGCACCUGCGUUGUCACCGAGUAUCACCAUAAGGACGGGGAUGCUUUCACUAUUGACGUGGAAUUAUUCAGUCAGGAUGAGCUCAUGGAUCAGAUGAAGGAACUGCUUCAAUCGUAUCGAAUGUUUCACCUGAACGCGGGAGAAUUGAGGAGAAAUGAUGAGGCGGCAACGGUUGUCGAUAUUGAAGAGCAAGCAAACGUCGCUCGGGACACUUUCCGGUCCAUGUUCCGCGGUCAGCUGGCGAGAGAAGACUUCCUUAUCAAUGAGGAGGAAGCCACUGUCCUAAGAACCUUUCGUUCCUGGCUGCGGAGAGUGGACCUACCGCUUGAAGGAAGACAUGAGAAGCCUUCGCGGGAUAGUUGCGCUGCUUUCCUGAUGUAUCUGACAUCCGAAUCGGUAGAUACACGAACGCCAGCUGUUUGGCCUUUCGUCCGUAAGAUCAAGGUAUUUUUGCCCUCACAUAUUCUGAGCAAGGGUCUAAUCCUCGUCGACCUUCCUGGACUGCGUGACUCCAACUCGGCACGGAGACUUAUCACCGAAAGAUAUCUGGUCGAAUGUGAUGAGAUUUUUGCCAUAUGUAACAUUGGGCGGGCGACUACAGAUGUCGGUGUGGAAAGUGUCUUUGAACUUGCGCAACAGGCAGGGUUGUCCAAAGUUGGGAUCGUCUGCACAAAGUCUGAUGACAUUCGAGUUGAAGAAGCCAUGAAAGAUUGGCGAGGCCGACACGCAGAUCGUAUCCAGCAACUGAGCAAUGCAGUUUCAACCACUCAGGCAGAUAUUGAGAAUAUCAAUCUUGACCUGGCGGAAAUUGACGAGUUGGAGAUGACGGAACUGACAGACGAGGAACAAAGAGAAUCGAUUCGACUCCACAACGAACAGAGGCGAACCAAUGCGGUUUUGAAGAAGAAUUUAUUCGAACUAAAAGAGUAUCUGAUGAAGACCCGCAAUGCCAUUGUCACCAGGCAACUUCGAACAGCUUACGAAGACAAGAUUGCAGGCGGAAAUCUGGCGGUGUUCUGCGUUAGCAACAUCCUAUACUGGGAUGAACGACAUAAGCCGAGAGACGUGGCCCUCCCAUCACUGCAGCUCAGCGGUAUCCUUGCUCUACGAAAGCACUGCCUCGGCAUUAUUGCGGACAGUCAGUUGAGUAUUGCCAAGCGAUAUAUCAAUAACGACAUUCCCGCUAUGCUUGGAGAAGCUGCAUUGUGGGUUGAGUCUGGUGCAGGAAGCGCCGGUGCUGAACAAAAGCUCCAUAUUCGCGACACGCUGAAUUUGAUCGAGUCUCGGUUGAAGAGGGACUUGACAAGAAGGAACUCAGAUCUCAGCCUCGUUGGGACGUCGAUCAAAGAUGAGUUCAGGAUACGAAUCUAUGAUAAUCGACGCAACAAUACAUGGAGGACUGCAGCGGCGAAUGCCGCCUUGGAAUGGGAUCCUUGGGCGCCUGGGACCUAUUCAGCGUUCUGUCGCAAUUUCGGGAACCAUCGUACCAGAAUUGCCGGCUGGCAUGAUUGGAAUCAGGAGUUGAUUUGCACCAUGGCUAGAGAUGUGACGCCUCAGUGGGAUUCGGUGUGCACAUCUUGCAGGGCCAGACUGGAGCAGAGCUGUCGUCUGAUCCAGAGCCAGAUGGACUGGGCACUGGAAUUUCUUGAAAAUGAGCUUGAGCUUUUUCCUGGAGUCACCGAUCUCCUCCAGGAAACUUUGAUCUGCCACAAGAAAAUCAUGGAGUCCCAAGUAGAGGAUCUCACGGAUAAAACCGGCGCUGACUUGAACUCGCUACGUAUUGACGUACUUACCGGCAUUCGAACGUCCAUACUUGGUCAAGCGAUGGAGACCCCUUACAGGAGGUGUAACGCGGAACAUGGAGGAGGGAGUGAUGGGAGACGUAAAGACAUUAUCCGCAAUGCUGUUGAUCGCGUGGAUCUAUUUGAGAACCACAUGAUUGAGUUCAAGAGCAGAAUGAGGCUUUUAGCGGAUAACGUACAAACCGAGCUACAGGCUAUCGUCCGUGAUGGGUUGGCUGCGAUUACGUCGGUUCUUGACCUGAUCAGGAAUGACAAUGUUGCGACAGAAAGCGAGGAGAACCCCGAGUUGAGACGCCGCUUGGAACAAGAGAUCGCCACGAUCAAGGAACGGAUGAGACGGAUCAUGGAUAUCAUGGAGUGA